UGUCUUUCCAAAGCUGCAUCCUGCCAAUUAUUACAGUGCGGUGCAGAGACUACAACAAAUGAAAUUUCAGGACAAACAUGAUUUGAAGCGUCACGGACGAUCGUUGGGGACCUUUCCAGUCCCUGCUGCUGAUAACCAGACCGUUGAGCGAUCGCCCCAUGUGACCCAACCAAAAGAACUCGCAUCAUUCAGUAUUGAUCAUGAACGUAAAGUUUGGUUUGACAAUCGACAAUUGAAAUAUUACUACCCCAAUACCGGAAACGAUCUUUCCGUUGGUUACGAACAAUGGAUUACGCGCGAUCCUUCCUUGAUGGAGCAUCUUGACACUCUUUUGGACGCUUUGACCGAUACGGAACAGAAGCUGCAGAAACCUGAAUUAUCAAAAGUUGAUAUUAUCACUUGGAGAGGUAUUAUCACCAAAAUUAUGUGCACCCCUUAUACGCGAAACGAACCUUGGGAGUUACGAGCGACACGAUAUAACGGAACGGUGUACAUCGAAGAACAAGCGACAGAGCAAAAGAAGCAGCAAGAAAGCAAUGCCUCCGAAAGGCAAAACCUCAUGUCUUACUGGGGUUACAAGUUUGAGAGUCUCUCUACGGUCUCCAAGCCUCCGAAACAAGUGCAAAAGGACGAUCCGGAAUUACAGCAACGCCUAACGGAUUCCGUUAAUAUCAACGAGCAAUACUGCAUUGUGGUGAAGACAAGAAUAGGUAGUAGUUCGCUGAUUAUAGGGGCGGAAGUAGAUUGCAGUAUGGAUGAAAAACCACCCCCAGGAGAAGACCCUCUACGGUAUUACGCCGAACUGAAAACAUCUCGUGUGAUUGCCACGGAAAGACAUCUCUGGUCCUUUGAGAGGUACAAGUUAAUGAAGUUUUGGGCGCAGUCAUUUUUGGUUGGCGUACCGACUGUCAUUUGUGGUUUCCGAGAUGAUGAUGGCAUAGUUCAAGAGGUCAAAAAGUUCAAUACCCUGCGCAUUCCAAGAGAAGUUCGCGGAAAACGGAAUAUGUGGGAUCCAGCAGUGUGCCUUAAUUUCGCUGAUAACUUCUUAAAAUGGGUUCGCUCAAUGGUCACUGUAGACGAUCCCAUGACAACGUAUACCAUUCGCUGGGAAGCACCAUUUAGAUCAAUAUCUAUCGAACUUUCUGGUCAAACAAAUACGUUCCUGACGCAACGCUACAUAAACAAAGAGACCAGCCAUAAUAUUGGAGGACCAAGAGUCCAUUCGCAGUAACCCUUUCGCAGCAAUCGUCAUAGUAAUAUCACAAUCUCUAUGUAUCUAUUCUCCCUUUUUAAACCUUGUUCCUGCUGGAUGUGGACCCGUAAAUAAUUUGAAGAAAAACUCAAUGGUAACAACACUCGUAAACCUCUGUCAGUCAACAAUAAUGGUGCCACCAACUUCACAAUUGCAUCCGCUCUGUUCAAAUUUCGAGUUUCACUUUCCAUUUGGCAUUUUCUUAAUCGGACAAUUCGCCUGAAUGCACCUGCUAUAAUGCCAAAUGAAAAACACCUGAAAAAGACGAUGCGUUCAAGUUUUUGUCAAAACCUAGUUGCGGAGUCCUG